AUGCUGCUUCAGCUCGUGCACCACGUGUCUGGUAUGGUGACAUAUCAGCGCGCUUUGUAUGCCAUUUUCCUAUUAGCAUGGGCCAUGGUACUGUCAAUAGCCGCUGCGUACUGUACCGGAACAUACUUCAUAACACGGCGCAAGGUCUCCAAUCUUUGUCGUGUCGGCUUGUCCCGAUCCAACAUGGACGAUCAAUAUAACAGCAAGUACGCGCUACCCGAAGGCCAGCGUAGCCAUGGCGCGACGAGAAUAAAAGCAAUAUUCAUACAUCCUGUCAAGUCAUGUGCGCCCAUAGAAGUCGAACGUGCCAUCCUGACCAAAGGCGGCUUCCAAUACGACCGAGCUUAUGCUUUCGCCGUCGACUCAGGCCCAGACACGCUGCAGUUCAUCAGUCAACGCACCAAGCCGCAAAUGUCACUCAUCCAGACCGAGCUAUGGCUUCCCGGUCCAACAAGCAACAAGAACGAUGCGAUGGUUCAGGCUGGAGGGUGCCUCAUUCUCACAUUUCCGGAUCCAGAGUCGCCGUCAAUAUUAAAGAGGAUAUCGACCGUGUGUGAGACUCGAUCACUUAACGCGACCUCGAGCUACUCAUUCAUCAUCCCGCUAUCACCUCCAACUAAACUAGAGAUGAAACCAUUUGCCAUACAUCACCGAACAGCGCAUGGCUUAGACAUGAGCUCUAUACCCUCUGUCGCAGCAGCGCUCCCAAAGCUCAAGAAGUUUCUUGGGUAUCCCCCGAGCCGAACAUUAAGGCUUUUCAAAUGCACAACUGAUACACUCCACCGUACAGACAGGAAUUUGGCGCCACUUGCUAAUAUUGGCACUCCCGCAGUCCACGGAUACACUGAUCAGCAGCCCGUCAACAUCAAUAGCGUGUCCUCUGUCCAUGCGUUAUCGGCAUGUCUUCCGGAAGAGAACAAGCCACUCAACGCGCUCCGCUUCCGCGCAAACUUGUGGCUUACUGGAGCGCCAGCCUAUGACGAAGAUUCGUGGAAGCGCUGCCGAAUCGUCUCGCCCAGUAGGCCGCCAAUCACCCUGUCCGUCGUUUGCCGUACAUCAAGAUGCCCCAUGACGAAUGUCGACCCAUCUAAAGGCGAAUUCACAACACAGAAGCCAGACGACGGCAAGAGAAUGGGUAAGCCUCAACCGUCAACUACAUUGAAGGAGUAUCGUACAGUAGAGAAUGGAAAUAAGGCUGCUUUAGGUUAUAUUGGCAUGCAUGCGGUACCGGAAGACAGAGACCUUAAAGACGCGAGUCUUUCUCAGUUGACACUGCUGAUUAGUGUGGGAGACACAAUCGAGGUUCUUGAGCGUGGUAUCCAUUUAUACGGAUCUACAGGUAACGAUUAUUAAAUCAUGGAAAAGUGGCUUACUCUAUACUUUCCGUACUAUGCGGUUUAUAGAUGCCAUGUAUUCUAGUACCCAUCUUAUUUAUGUAGGUUGUUCUCUAUAGUAUGGUUAUUCUCCACAUCAAUGAGCACAACUAAGAUGGUGCAUUCGAAGCACAAUCUACAAAGAUAAACUAUUUUAUCAAUGAACAAAUAAUCCAGACA